AACAGUCAUUACUGUUUGUCAUCCUCUCUUAUCAUUUUAUUUCAUCCGAAGGUCUCAUUUCAGAUGGAUCUGUGCUAUCAAUAUGAGAAUCGACCUGAAUUGAUCAUGGCGUGAUGUCUGAAAGGUCCGAAGGUCACAAAAUACACAAGCCCGCUGUACUCCACACAUAACAGGUGUACGAGUGCUGGUUUCACAACGUGAGUGGAGUUUGGUUGGAACACCCUCGGGGUUGACUACUCCAGUGUAACGGUAUUCCGGAGCGAAGCGACAUCACGAAUGAAUACCAAUGUCUCGCUCUAUUUCUUCUUCAUAUUAACUGAGUUGAAACGAGCUUGAACCUGACGGAUAGACGACAGUCGCGUGUGCUUCACCACUACUGAGGAAUCUAUUUCAACGGCGGUGAAAAUGGGAUGCUGAUGGAUAUUGAAAGGAUCGGGUCUCAGGAUUUUGCGCGAGUGAUUGAAACAGACAUAGUGAAAGAUUAAAUUCUGAAAGGAAGAAAUAAAACAAACUUCAGGAUUUUUCUCAGUGCCCACUGAUGAGUGGUUGACGCGCUACCCCUGUUAUUUCUGCUCUUUCAAACGAAAUAAGUAGAGGGUGGAAAUUGGAGAAUGGCUGAGUGCCUGGAGACAACGUACAAUCCGGAAGUGGUGGAGCAUGUUCGCAAGGAGCAGGAGCGCCGGGUCGUUCAAGAGGGUACGACCAUGUGGAAAAAACGAAAGGCGGAGUUGCAGCAUCAAAAGCAUCGGGAGCAACGCGAAUUGCGGCAGAUGCAGUCGAGCUACUCGCCCUGGGGCAAGCCGGGGGGUGGGGCACCCUGUGAGAGAGCUUUGAGGAAGAAGAAUGUCCAUCUUGAGCCGUUGGAGUUACCCAGAAGCAGUGGGCAUGGUCAGCUGGCGAGGCAAUACUACCCAUGGGGACGCCCUGGUCCUGGUGGUGCACCAUGGAGAGAUCCGAGGAUGCUUGGUGUACGAUUCCUCGAGUCCAUGGGGUGGACGACAGGAUCAGUCCUCACCCGAGUUCGGGGAAAAGAUGUUAUUGAUCCACUAACAUUGACUGAUUCAAAUAAAUUCUUUGAUGAGCGUGCGAGAACAGGACUCAUGCCUGACCCUCAUCCACCGUCACCAAUUAUUCCCCAUCGUGACGUAUACAAUGAAGAAAUGCAGAUGUACAAAUUAACUGGAGGGGUUGAAUUGGUGCCUCUGCUAACCACCAGAAGACACUACUCUCAUCCAUCAUGCACGAGGUACUUAACAACUGAUGCAACGAGGCCCGGUUACACGAUAGACAGUCUGCGGUCGGUGAACAUUGGAAAUCGCGAACACAUCACUGCCCUCACAGAGCAAAUGCAUCGAAAACGGGAGAGAGCACUGGAGGAAAGAAGAGUAGAACAAGAGGGCUGCAGAAGGCACUUCGACACCUGGAAAAAGCUGUGGGGUAGGCCAGGUCACGGUGCCCCGAUGGAUCACUACUACCGAACCAAUUUACAUAGCAUAUUGUACCGAAUGCCAGUCUAUUAAAUCCAGAAGAAGCCGGGACUCCACUAAAAAAAUACCCCCACAUUGACAUGAUGGAGUGGUGGGCAUAAAUCAAGAAAUUCAUUUGAAAAAAUGACCGAAAGAGAGAGAGAGACGGAAGAAGUGGCUGGACAUGUUGAUCUCCACCUGCAUCACUCAUGGGAGCGGUCAUUCGGUGUUGCCGGCAAUUUGCGUAAUGACCGGUGAUAUGUUGAUUGAGCAUGGAAACUAGGGGUUGCCGAGCAAGAGGAGUGCAACGUGAGGUUCUUGUCAAGGACAUAAUGGACAGAGUCGGUUUAAUUAAUGGACGUUUCCCCAAUUUGUUCGGAUGUUUAGGGGGGACAUGGCCACCCCUCCAAUACCACCAAUUCAACCUUCGGGUAAUUCAGUCUGUGAGCAAAUUGGAGACGUUGUAGGACAUAAUAUUACUCGGGGAAUUAUUCUGGUCGGAUUUUUUAUGGGAUUUGAAAUGUGGCAUUUAUAACUUUUUAGAAAUCCCUAUCAUUCAAAGAAUUUUAAUAAUCAAGGCAACUCGAAUUCUUGAAUAUUCCUUAAAUUUCUUUAAUUCCAUAAUCUUUUACUUCUAAGAAUGUCAACAAAAAUCUCUCGGAGGAGAUGAAAUUAACAAAACGACAGUCACAAGCCAACCGUAAUUAUAUUCAAUGUCCUCCGCAGACAAACCUCGGAGAAUGACAAGAAGUAGACAAGACACUAGUCCUCUCAUAGAUCCGGAAGCGCGGAAUUUUAUCGACCAUUGUCUGGCCCAUUGUCCACCGCUACCACUGCGGGAGCGGGUUUGUAUAAGGGUGAUUCAUUUUCAACAAAAUAUCAGUUCCCAGUGCUCCAGUGGAUUCAACAAUCCUAUAAAAACUCCGCUCCCCAUUGUGAAGAAACUGGGUCGCAGUCACCCAGUAGAAUUCCCGAAGUGGUGGGAGGAAUACAAGCGUUUCACUUCACUCCCUUUUUCGGAAUGAAAAAAUAUUGAAACGAGACUCAAUCGUCCCUGACCCACCUCACACUGACAAUAGAAUGGCUGUCCCAGGUGAUGCUGUGUUUUUGAUAAUUGAACAGCAAUUUUACGAGCUCCUACCGGUUUUUCAGUUGCAUUUUUUAUUGGAUAGCUCGAUGCAUGUCUUCUGUUAUCUCUUUUUCAUUCAUUCAUUCAUUCGUUGGAAAAUUGUUACAUUUAGGGAAACACUUUGCCAAUCGAUGUUUGUAUAUUGCGAUUGUAUUCAACUCGCUGCGAGCAGAAUUUUCGAUUUUUUUGGGGGGAAAUAUUGUUGCAAGUCAGACGUAGCUUUUUGUUUUUCACAUGUUUGCCGAAGGAAUCGUUGUUUGCGCUUUCUAAUGUUGCAUAUUUUAAUUGUAAAUAAAGCUUCUAAUGCGAUUUUGUUUUCUUAUAGAAUGUAAAAAAUAUUUAUUAAUAUGGAGUCAAUGGUGAGCAGCUAUUUCUCAAGCAACUCACAUUAUUCACUAGUGGAAAAGACAAUGUGUAAAAAAUGAUAUGAUGCAAAAUGUAAUUGAGGUGAUCGUGAUUUGGUGUAAAUUUUUUCAAAUUUUUCUCGUUCUAUUUAGUGGGAAAAUUGUUAAACUGAAAGGAUUUACUUUGAUAAUUAUCAGAUAGAUUGAUUAAAAGACAGAAAAAUUCGCUAAUAAAUCAUUAAAUUUUGAGCUCGCAUCCACUUUGGAAAUGAAAUUCAACACGACAACUAAUUGUCUUGGAUCUCCAAGAUAAUUAAAAAAGCACAAUUCUCCCUUCCAACAUAAGCUUGUACGGAAAAAGAUACACCUCCCAAUGUAAUUUCAAUUCUCCUUCAUUUCAAUUCCAAACGCAAAUUCACCAUUUUCUUCUUUUAAUCAGCGAAAGAAUAAAUGAUAGUAAUGAAACGAAAUGAAAGUCAUAAAAUGCUGCGGUGGCUUUGCAACGAGCUAAAGCUACUUCCAGCGAUAAAAUAAUGGAUCAAAAUGAAAAAUAUA